GUUGCGCAUGCCAUGUCACACCUCUUUACUUUACCUCUUUGCUUUAACUUGCAGUUUGCCUAACUUAGUGCAUAAAGAGGACUAAAACAUGGGUAAACAGCACUAAAAUCCAAACCUGGUCUUCGUAUUAAUCGAAUACGUUUUGCUCGCUAGAUUUUAUAUGAUAUAUAUAUAUCUCUUUCAUAACCUCAUGAAAAUAGUUUACUCUUAUUUUGGAUAAGUAAUACAAAAUACUUUAUUGAAUAAUGACUUGGUUUUGGAACUAAUAGAUUUUUAAAGGGAGCUCUUUUGAGGCUAUUUUAAAUGUAAAGUCUAUGUCUGAAAUGAAUUACUCCUCCAGUUGAAGUGGACAGAACUAAACCAUGGAGAAUGUUACUUCAUAUCCAGAUAACCAGACGCUUGGUCCAUGGACUGAUUAUAGCAUGGAAUACAAAGUGGUCAGCAUAUUUUUUGUGAUUCUCAUCUGUGGGAUAGGAAUAGUUGGAAACGUUAUGGUGAUCCUAGUUGUUCUUACAACCAAACACAUGCGGACACCCACCAACUGUUACCUGGUGAGUUUGGCGGUGGCCGACCUGAUGGUUCUGACCGCGGCGGGACUGCCGAAUAUUACACAGAGUUUGUAUGGAGGAGGCUGGGUGUACGGAUACGUCGGGUGCCUUAGCAUAACUUAUUUCCAGUACUUGGGCAUCAACGCGUCUUCAUGCUCCAUCACAGCGUUCACAAUUGAGCGGUACAUAGCCAUCUGCCACCCCAUAAAAGCGCAGUUUAUGUGCACGCUGUCAAGAGCAAAGAAAAUUAUAGUGGUGGUUUGGGCUUUUACCUCGCUCUACUGCGCCAUGUGGUUUUAUCUGUCUGACAUGAACGAGUUGAUUUACGACAAUAUUACCUUGGUCUCGUGCGAAUACAAAGUGUCAAGAAAUCUUUACCUGCCAUUUAUCUACUUCACUGACUUUGCCAUGUUCUAUGUGGUGCCCCUCAUGCUAGCCACUGUUCUGUAUGGAUUUAUCGCUAGAAUUCUUUUCCUCAACCCAUUGCCGGCAGACCCCAAGGAAAAUACAAAGUGGAAAAAAGAAUCAUGCCAAGGAAAUAGGAUGAUGAGCACCAACAAUUCAUGUAGCACAACCGUCCGCUCUCGCAGGCAGGUGACUAAGAUGUUAGCUGUGGUGGUGGUGCUCUUUGCCCUCCUCUGGAUGCCCUACCGGACGCUGGUGGUGGUAAACUCCUUCCUGGACAAGCCUUACCUGGACCUCUGGUUCCUACUCUUCUGCCGCAUCUGCAUCUACCUGAACAGCGCCGUCAACCCUGUCAUCUACAACGCCAUGUCUCAGAAGUUUCGCACCUCCUUCAAGAAGUUGUGUCACUGUGGUCCGCAGCGAUUGGAGAAGCCGGCGUCUUACAGCUUGGCCCUGACCUACAGCGCCAUCAAGGACACAACCAAUGGAGAGAGCCCUGACCACUUCACUACCGAGAUGGAUGAGCUGGCCACACCCACACCCAGUGACCAGUUCCUGCCCAGCACCAAGAGGAUAUCAUUCGAGGACCCCUUUCUGUCAGGCAGGGUUGCCCUUUGCACUCCCUGAUGGAAAAAGUAACUCCAUUCAGGCAACAAUGAUUAUCUGAAAGGAUCUUCUUAUCCUUAAGCUCUAGUUUGUGAAUUCAAAAUGGUCUCCAGCAGCAUACUGCCAAUUCUAUAACUCAUUUUCUGUAGAGGAAUUUAUUUAAUAUUUGAGCAGUACAACGGCAAACAUUAAAUGCCAAAAAAUGUGUUGUUAAUAGAGGAAGGAAUGCUUAAUUUCUUUAUCUAGCAUGGUGAAAAUAUAUUCUCCUCUCGCUCUGUAGCCAUCUUAGCACAAAGCACCCAAUUAUAGGCAUCGUUUAAAUCAGUCCUAAACAUUGUGUGACACACACAUUUAAUUGGCAAGGUAAUAGUCAUACUGCUUUCACAUACUGAGCAACAGUUGCCAUCUCUGUAAAGUGUUUUCCUACAAGGGAAAUAUAACAAGGGAAAGAUGUUAUCCCUCUUUUUAUCUGGAGAAGUAUAGGCCAGGAACUCAGUGUGUGUGUGUGUGUGUGUGUGUGUGUUCGUGUGUGUGUUUAAAAUAAAAGCUCACUCUACAGUAGGAGUCAAACUGUCUGGGCUAAGUUGUUAAAAACCAUCCUGCUACUUUGCAUGUUUUAAAACAGCACAGAGAGAAUGUGAUCACUGAACACAUUUCAAAGGCAGAAUUCAAAGGAGGCAGAGUAUCAACACCAUCUUUGCUCUAGGGGUGUAAAUAUCACACAUUGCUUUAAAUUGAAACCUGCCUGUCAGGGAAAUAGAGAUCUGUUGGGAUGAAGUUUCUUUAAAGGUCACAGAUGAUGAGGACAAAGCAAUGACACGCCGGAUCUGUCAUCCGUUUGAUUGCGCAAUACCAUUUGACUUUAUAGUAACCUUAUUGGCUAAAAGGUUCACCCGAUAUGAAAUGUUCCGCAGGGGCUAGUGUCAAAAAUACAGCAUGGUUAAACAUCCUGCUGUACCUGUAAUGGACUACUGUGGUGUGGAUUCAAUCAAAAAGGAAAAAAUAGAACGUUUGUUGUUGUUUAUUUUAUACUGAUGAAACGCCCUCUCUGUAAAAAUGCUUGCAAUUGAUUGUGCGUUGCCAUGUGAAAUUGAUGUACGAUGUACAUUUUCGAUGUACGUUUCGGACCCGUUUUCAAUUCAUACCUUUGUACCAUUUAAAUUGUGUCUGCCAGUAGAGCUAUUUUGUAAUUAACGUAGUUUGUUUUGUUCAGUUUUAUUGUUUGUCACAUCAACGUACAGUAUUUUACUAUGGAGCGAUCAAUGUGGAGCUGCGCUGUUCUUCUUUGGUAACACUACAACUACAGUAUGUUUCAAAUAAGGUACGUGAAAUAAUGAUCUGUCCCUCUUGCACUUUCAUCUACUAUCUCCGUUGCACAGUUUCCACCAUAAAAGGGAGUGGUGCCUGGUAGCGAGUUUGCAGCAUGGACACUGUAAAACAAAUGAUGUUGUGGUGUGAUUUCAAAAAGACAGACAUCUAUGUGCAGUAUACAGUUUAUCUUCAGUCAGCAAUGUUGUGUAACCUGGUCUCUCUUUGCUGGCAGUUCUCUGGAUUGUAAAAACUACUCUUGUUGUUUGGAUGGUUUGUGUUUUGUUUUGUUAUUUGUCUAUAAUAAAAUGAUCAAUGAUCAUGUAGUCUGUCAAAUAUUGAUAAUUACUCG